CCGUGACAGACGUGCUGCGCAUGCUCCGCGUCCCUUCAGCUUCUCCUUCAGUCUGUCCUCUUUGAGAGACUGAGCCGCUUUCAUCGUGUAAAGCGUACCACACCUGCUUACCGGCACAAUGGCUGUUCCUCCUUCGUAUUCAGACUUGGGCAAAUCUGCCAAGGAUAUCUUUAGCAAAGGAUACGGGUAUGGAGCGGUGAAGCUGGACUUGAAGACCAAGUCUCAAAGUGGAGUGAUGGAGUUCAACACCUCUGGAUCAUCAAACACAGACACUGGCAAGGCCUCUGGUAGCCUUGAGACCAAAUACAAGAUGCAUGAUUUGGGACUUAGUUUCACCCAGAAAUGGAACACAGACAACACACUAACCACGGAGGUUAGCAUGGAGGAUCAGUUGGCCAAAGGACUGAAGCUGACCUUUGACACAUCAUUUGUGCCAAACACUGGGAAGAAGAGUGGCAAACUUAAAACCAAUUAUAAACGUGACUACGUCAACCUGGGCUGUGACAUCGAUUUUGACUUUGCUGGGCCCACUGUUCAUGGAACAGCAGUCCUUGGCUAUGACGGAUGGCUGGCAGGAUACCAGAUGGCCUUCGAUACUUCCAAGUCCAAACUGGCCCAGAAUAACUUUGCUCUUGGUUAUAAAGCUGGUGACUUCCAGCUCCAUACCAACGUAAAUGAUGGCACUGAAUUUGGUGGAUCUAUUUACCAGAAAGUAAAUGAUAACCUGGAGACUGCUGUAAAUCUGGCUUGGACCGCUGGAAGCAACAACACCCGUUUUGGCAUAGCGGCCAAAUACAAGCUAGAUGCCGACUCCUCAAUUUGUGCCAAAGUGAACAAUGCCAGCCUAAUUGGAGUUGGAUACACACAGACCCUAAGGCCAGGAGUGAAGCUGACUCUCUCAACAUUGAUCGAUGGCAAGAACUUCAGUGCUGGUGGCCACAAAAUCGGUCUGGGAUUUGAGCUUGAGGCGUAAAGUGGGCCAAACCUAAAGAUAACGUUCUGAAGAAUUGAGGACACCCAGCCACCCACCCCUCAUUUUAGACAAGUUUUGCAGCCUGGGAAUCAUUGGCCAUUGUGUUUUUAGGGGCAGGCUGUGGAUGAUGGAUGUCCAGGUUUAAGUCAUUUUUUAUUUCCACCCCAUUCCCAACAGUGUGGACUUUAUUGCUGCCACACCAGCCGCGCUGCACCAAGAUGGUUGUAUUUUGAAUUUAUUUGUAUCUUGGAUUCAGAUAUCCUCAGACAACUUUUUUCACAUCACUCCUGGGAAUCCUUUUAGAAUUUUCCUAUAUGCAUGUUUUAUUUUUUUCCAUGUACAAAUUUCUAAGUCUUGUUGACUUUACAAAAAUAUAAAUAAAACAAGAUAUACCCAGAA